AUGACUGACCAAAACACGAAAAUCUACAAACAUGCCGAUUCUGACGGCCACUUUCGGCGCAAAGACUCGUCCUUCCGCUCCUGGAUCUCGCGUGAUCCAUCAGCCGAAUUCCCCGCCGAAAAGGACCGCUACGUGCUAUACAUCAACUACGGCUGCCCCUGGGCGCAUCGUGCCAAUCUCGUACGCACUCUGAAAGGUCUACAAGAUGUCAUCCAGAUGGCAGUGCUAGACCCGGAGCUCGGGCCGAACGGAUGGUUCUUCUCUGGGCGUAAUGGAUCCGACGACAAGGAUCCGCUAUACGGAUUCACAUACCUCAAAGAGCUGUACUUGAAAGCAGACCCGAUGUACGAAGGACGAUAUACGGUGCCCACGCUGUGGGAUAAGAAGAAAAAGACGAUCGUCAAUAACGAGAGCAGCGAGGUGAUUCGCAUGAUGUACUCCGAGUUUGACGAGUUCUUACCCGAGGCCCUGCGCGAGGUGAAUCAGCCCGGAGGUGGAUUCUAUCCGAAGAACCUGCGGGGUGAGAUUGACGAGAUGAACGCGUGGGUGUACCCUUUGAUCAACAACGGCGUUUACAAGACAGGAUUUGCCACUACGCAGGCUGCAUACGAGGAGAAUCUCUAUCCAUUGUUUGAGGCGCUGGAUCGCGUCGAAGCUCAUCUGGGUCACUCUGCGCACCAGCCAUUCCUCUUUGGGGAACAUAUCACCGAGGCUGAUAUUCGCCUAUACACGACUAUUGCCCGCUUUGACGUGGCGUAUUAUCUAAUCUUCAAAUGCAACCUGAAGAUGAUCAGACAUGACUAUCCUCGAAUUGACCACUGGUAUCGCACACUCUACUAUGACGAGUCAGAGCUCACUCGAGGAGCGUUUAAUAAGACGACCUACUUUGGCAUUUACAAAUUUGGGUAUUGCGCUGCGCUUGGUAGAAAGACUGGCAAUGACCAAUUGGUAGUUCCAGCUGGGCCUAGUCCUGAUAUUUUGCCACCGGAGAAGGAAUAA